CGCAAUACUGAUUUGUUGCUGCAUGUGGAAGAGUCUAGCUCGCUCAGAUCCCAGUGAAUGUAUAAAAGCCAAUGCAAAAUCAUGUGAAGAAUGUAUACAAACUGGAAAAUAUUGUGGAUGGUGCACAAAAGCUGAAUUCUUGAGGAAGGGAGAAUUAACAUGGACACGCUGUGAUAAUAUAAAAUCUUUAAAAAAGAGAGGAUGUGGAAUGGAAGAUAUUGAAAAUCCCAAAGGUUCCUUGAGAGUAGAAAGCGAUAGGAAUCUGACUGACUUUGCAAGCGGGAAGAAGAUAAAUCUGGAAGACCUCACACAAAUUCGACCGCAGAAAAUUACUCUGAAAUUGCGAUCAGGUGAACCCCAAACCUUGUCACUGCAUUUUCAGAGAGCUAAGGACAAUCCCAUUGAUCUCUACUAUCUUGCGGACCUCUCCCUUUCUGUGCAGGAUGGUUUGGAAAACAUGAAGAAGUUGGGAAUUGAAUUGAAGGAGGAAAUGCAGAAGACAACAUCUGAUUUCAGGAUUGGGUUCGGUAUCCUGCAGAAAAAUCCUUGUACAGCUGCUGAAACAUGUACCAGUCAAUCUAGCUUCAAAAAUGUUCUACCAUUGAGCUCUGAUGGAGCUAUGUUCAACAAACUGCUGCGCAAGCAGACUAUUGUUGCAAGCCUGAACUCUUCAGAGGAUGGUGCUGAUGCUAUAAUGCAGGCUGCUGUCUGUGGGGAUGUAAUCGGUUGGCGAAAUGUCAGUCGACUGCUUGUCUACUACAGUAACACAGGACUUCGCUUUGCUAGAGAUGGCAAGCUCAUCAGUAUGCUACCGAAUGAUGGUAAAUGUCACAUCGAUAGUCAAGGUGCCUAUACAACCAGUCAUCACCAUAAUCAUCCAUCCAUUUCCCAUUUGGCCCAAAAACUUGAGGAGAAUAAAAUCCAGCUUUUCUUUGCUGUUAAAGAAGAGUUCAAAGACAUUUACCAGACGCUCCAAGGUUCAAUUCCAAAAUAUGAUGUGGGAAUUCUGACAUCAAAUUCCAGUAAUGUAAUCAAGUUAAUCCUUGAUGCUUAUCACGCUUUGGCUUUUGAGGUUAUCUUGGAGAACAGCAAAUUGCCAGAAGGAGUGUCAAUACACUAUACAGCCCACUGUAAAAAUAAUAUUAUUCAUACAGGGGAAAAUGGCAGGAAGUGUUUAGAUAUUCAAACUGGUGAUGAGGUGAACUUCGCCAUAAGUAUCAGAGCAAAGAAAUGCCCUAAUAAUGGGCAGAAGACAACUAUUAACAUCAAGCCACAGGGUUUUGAUGAGAAAGUUGAAAUUGAUUUGGAGUUUGUAUGCGAAUGUGAGUGCCGUAAAGAUGGAAUGACUAAUAGCUCAUAUUGUCACCAUGGAGUGUUCAAGUGUGGAGUCUGUAGAUGCAAUGCAGGAUAUAUUGGCCAAUUUUGUGAAUGCAGCACUGAUGAAGUAUUUAGUGAGGAUAUGGAUGCUUCAUGUCGAAAAGAUAAUGCAUCUCCAAUCUGUAGCAACAAUGGCUAUUGUAUCUGUGGGGAAUGUAUCUGCAAAAAAAGGGAAAAUCCCAAUGAAAUCAUCUCUGGAAAAUAUUGUGAAUGUGAUAACUUCAAUUGUGACCGAUCUAAUGGAUUGAUUUGUGGAGGAAAUGGCUUUUGCCGUUGUGGAAUGUGUGAGUGCUUGCCCAAUUUUACUGGUAAUGCCUGUGAUUGUUCGUUGGAUGUGGCACCAUGUGAAUCAACUAAUGGACAGAUUUGUAAUAGUAGAGGAAUAUGUGAAUGUGGUCGGUGCAGGUGCACAGGCACUAGGUUCAUAGGACCAACUUGUGAACUGUGUCCAACUUGUCCUGGUGUUUGUACAAUCCAUAAGGACUGUGUUCUGUGUAAAGCUUUUAACAAAGGACCCAAGAAAGCUUCAUGCGAUGAGUGUGAGUUUGAAGUAACUUUACUGGAACACCCUGAUCAGCUGCCACAACGACAAUGCAGUUUCAUGGAUCUGGACAGCGGCUGGUUCUGCUUUUCAUACAUUAUUAACGACCAGAAAGUUCCAGAAGUUCAUGUUGUUAAAACCUCAGUGUUGCUCAAGGAUAAAAAGGGAAACUGGCUGGUCUGGUGCGCAUUACGCCAGAAAAUUCCUGACUGCAUAAUUGAUGAGUCCGGCAUCGUGCAAUUCGGCGCAACUUCCCGCUGGGCUCCACGCAGAGUUUAUGUGGCCAGUUUGCCACUGUCUUGGGGCUUGUUGGAUGUGGUUAGUAUUGGGAAUAGAGGAUCCGCUUCGCAAGCUGAUUAUUUGGCCUGCAGAUGCAUUGUCCAGACCAGCGAGUUGAUUUCGCAUGAUCCUGGUUGUGAUGCCCAAAGAAUUGGCUUUGAUGAAGAUGCUGGAGUUUAUUCGCCUGUCUUCCCACUCCGCUUUGAGUAUCCUGUGGAGGCAAUGCUGGUGGAAAUUCUCAAAGAGGUGUCUUUGAUAGGUGAUCCAAGUCUCACUGCCAUAUAG